UGCUCCGGCCGCCGCGAUGGCGCUCUACCUCCGCGCCGCAGCCCCCGCCGCCUCGGCUGCCUUGGGCCGCUCGACCGCCGCGCUGCUCCCGGGGCUGAGCGCCUCGCACCGCCCGCCGCGGCGGCACUAUGCUGAUAAAAGAAUUAAGGUUGCCAACCCUGUGGUGGAGAUGGAUGGUGAUGAGAUGACCCGCAUCAUCUGGGCCUUCAUCAAGGAGAAGCUGAUCCUGCCCAACGUGGAUGUUCAGUUGAAGUACUUUGACUUGGGGCUGCCACAUCGAGACCAGACCGAUGACCAGGUCACCAUUGACUCAGCCCUGGCAACUCAGAAAUACAGUGUGGCUGUCAAGUGUGCCACCAUCACCCCUGAUGAGGCCCGAGUGGAAGAAUUCAAGCUAAAGAAAAUGUGGAAGAGCCCUAACGGCACGAUCAGGAACAUCCUGGGUGGGACCGUCUUCAGAGAACCAAUCAUCUGCAAGAAUAUUCCUCGCCUGGUCCCAGGUUGGACGAAGCCCAUCACCAUUGGCAGGCAUGCCCAUGGGGACCAGUACAAAGCCACCGAUUUCGUCGUGGACAGGUCGGGGACAUUUAAGAUGGUUUUCACUCCCAAGGAUGGCAGUGGAGUCAAGGAGUGGGAAGUCUACAACUUCCCUGGUGGAGGUGUCGGCAUGGGCAUGUACAAUACUGACGAGUCCAUCUCGGGCUUUGCCCACAGCUGCUUCCAGUAUGCCAUCCAGAAGAAGUGGCCCCUCUACUUGAGCACCAAAAACACCAUCCUCAAGGCCUAUGAUGGGCGUUUCAAGGACAUCUUCCAGGAGAUCUUUGACAAGCACUACAAGACCGACUUCGACAAGCUCAAGAUCUGGUACGAGCACCGGCUCAUUGACGACAUGGUGGCCCAGGUGCUGAAAUCUGUUGGUGGCUUUGUCUGGGCUUGCAAGAACUAUGACGGAGAUGUCCAGUCUGACAUCCUGGCCCAAGGGUUUGGCUCGCUGGGCCUCAUGACUUCUGUCCUCAUCUGUCCGGAUGGAAAAACCAUCGAAGCAGAGGCUGCCCAUGGCACAGUCACGCGCCACUACCGGGAACACCAGAAGGGCCGUCCCACCAGCACCAACCCCAUUGCCAGCAUCUUUGCCUGGACACGAGGCCUGGAGCAUAGAGGCAAACUAGACAGCAACCCAGACCUCAUCAAGUUCGCUCAGACUCUGGAGAAGGUCUGCGUUGAGACAGUGGAGAGCGGGUCAAUGACCAAGGAUUUGGCUGGCUGCAUCCAUGGAUUAAGCAAUGUGAAAUUGGACGAGCACUAUGUGAACACCACCGACUUCCUGGAUGCCAUCAAGAACAAUCUGGACAAAGCCCUGGGCAAACAGUAGAGGGGGGUGGUGGGGGUGGGGGUGGUUGUAAAGUCCUUUUGUGUGGAGGCACCACAUGAAGGUGGCGAACCCCGUUUUUAACAGAACAAGUUCUGGCUGUUUCUACCUUCAGCCAGGAAGACAUUUUUUAAAAAUGGUUUUCUAAAGGUCGGUUUCUUAACCCUUUUUAGCUGGCCCACAGGGGCCCACGGACAUGUCCCGCCUGCUGCUCCCGCUAGUCAGGUGGAGGCUCCCACCUUGCCAGGCACGGAUCAUGGUUUUGUGCUGUAAUUUAUGUACUGUGGUUUGGGCCUCAUGGUGUCAAACGGAGCUAUUAAAAUCUAGCUUUCA